GACUGGCCCGGAAGGAAGUAGCGUUCCGAGGGGUGUGGCGGUUUCUGCGGUUGCACGGGGGUUCAGACGUGUACGGAGCGCCUGGAGGGACAGCCUGGAUACAGGUUCACUGAUGGCUCAGUUGGGAGCAGUUGUGGCUGUGGCUUCCAGUUUCUUUUGUGCAUCUCUCUUCUCAGCUGUGCACAAGAUAGAAGAGGGUCAUAUUGGAGUAUAUUACAGAGGUGGUGCCCUGCUGACCUCCACCAGUGGCCCUGGUUUCCAUCUCAUGCUUCCAUUCAUCACAUCCUAUAAGUCUGUACAGACCACUCUCCAAACAGAUGAAGUGAAGAACGUACCAUGUGGGACCAGUGGUGGUGUGAUGAUCUACUUUGAUAGAAUUGAAGUGGUGAACUUCCUGGUCCCAAAUGCAGUGUAUGAUAUAGUGAAGAACUAUACUGCGGACUAUGACAAGGCCCUCAUCUUCAACAAGAUCCAUCAUGAGCUCAACCAAUUCUGCAGUGUGCAUACACUUCAGGAAGUCUACAUCGAGCUGUUCGAUCAAAUUGAUGAAAACCUCAAGCUGGCUUUGCAGCAGGACCUGACCUCCAUGGCCCCUGGGCUUGUUAUCCAGGCUGUACGAGUGACAAAGCCCAAUAUACCUGAAGCAAUCCGCAGGAACUAUGAGCUGAUGGAAAGCGAGAAGACGAAGCUUCUCAUUGCAGCCCAGAAACAGAAGGUGGUGGAAAAGGAGGCAGAGACAGAGAGGAAGAAGGCCCUCAUUGAGGCAGAAAAAGUGGCUCAGGUUGCAGAAAUCACCUAUGGACAGAAGGUGAUGGAAAAGGAGACGGAGAAAAAGAUUUCAGAAAUUGAAGAUGCUGCGUUUCUGGCCCGGGAGAAGGCAAAGGCUGAUGCUGAGUGCUACACUGCUCUGAAGAUAGCAGAAGCAAAUAAGCUCAAGCUGACCCCAGAAUAUCUGCAGCUGAUGAAGUACAAGGCCAUUGCUGCCAACAGCAAGAUUUACUUUGGCAAAGACAUCCCCAACAUGUUUAUGGACUCUGCAGGUGGUCUGGGCAAGCAGUUUGAGGGGCUGACUGACAAGCUGGGCUUCGGCUUAGAAGAUGAGCCCCUAGAGGCGACCACAAAGGAUAAUUGAAAAAAAAAAAAAUGUAUACAACCUCUGAUUGUGACGCUUAGAGAGAGCUUUAUUUUUAAAAAUGAAACAGAAUGCUCCUCCUUCCCACACCACCUUCUUAGACUCUUCAAGUUACUGUGGUUAAAAAAGGAAGAAGUGGAUAUAAACCUACCCCCUUCUGGGAAGGGAGAGCAGAUGGAGAAUUGUUUUUAAUUUUAAUUCAGGUAAGUAGGUUGUAUGACUUCUGGUAAGGUGUGUGCACCAUAGAUUUGACCUCUAACCUGCAGGCACCAGCUUAGUGGGAGAUGUGUGGCUACUGCUUCCUCAUGGUUUGAUUUCCUUCAUGGGAAAAUUGGUUCCACGGUUCUCUUCCUUGCCUCUGACCGGGCAGUGUCUGCAUGUGGGCUCCCAGAUAACCAGGCAUCUGCUGUGGCAUGUCAGCUGCAGAGGGAGAGCAGUGGUCUAGGCUCUUUAACAGUGUGAGUGGGUUACUCUAGAGUUAAGCUGGGUUGAGCCCUCCUUAGGAAGAACCUGGUGCUAGGUUUUGCAAGGUUUUCUAUACACUAUAUACUCUUGCCCUAGUGUUUUCUGACUACAUUUCACCGAAGCAGGGCUCGUCACCCCACACACUCCUUUCAGAUUCUUACCUGAUCUGUGAUUUGAUUUUUUUGCAUAAUCUAUUCAUUAGUUCCACUCAUCAAGAUGGGAACAAGCAAGUGUCGGACUGACUGAUGAAGUAGUCUUCUUGUACCAUUUGGCUACUUAGGUGUAUACCUUUAAGACCUUAUCAUUAUGGAGAUUCUUCAUUGAAGAGCUCUUGACACUGGAGGAGAAAAGAGCCAGCCAGUAGACAUCCAAGUAGUAGUGCCUGUGGCCUGUGCUGGGGGUUUAUCUGACACGCUGAUAAAGAGAUCUUUUAAAUCCAGAGCAGCUUCAUAGAUGUAAGGCAGAGUUGAUGCCCAUGCCCUAUGGGCAGCAUUGAAUCCUCAUGUUUUGUUUUUCAUUGCUAGUUAGGAAGACAAAGAGUCACUCUAGGAGAUUUAGGAUGGAAAGAACAAAUAUGAAAGAACAGUAUUUCUUAGAUCCUGAAAUUGGCCCGGGUGGGGGCAGGACUGCAACUUGUAUGGCCUGUGAGUGCUGUACAGAAGGCCUUUGUGGACUGCAGCUACACAGAGUCAGUGCUGCCAUGGUGGUACCCUGUGUAACCGUGCCCAGCUCCAGCCUAGGACUUGGCCUUAUAGUAGUUGCCCCCCCCCCAUACAAAGCACCUAUUGUAAUCUUUAGGCGAAUACUAUAAAUGCUAUUUUCUGGCAUCAAUCCUCAUUUUUGGCUCUAUAAGUCAGGCCAGUUUGCUUCUAAGUGACUGGCACUAGGCUUGUCAGGUUUUGGAGAAGCAUUUGUCCUGCCUAGAAAGAAGCAAAGUGUUAAUUCCACAUACUUCAGAUGUUACCCUUCUCUGAUCUAACUCCUUUUACAGAGACUUCUCAGGCCACUGGUCCUGGUCACACUUUGUACAGAUUACAAAGUGUUCCUGGAAAGGAUAGAUUCUAAUGUGCUCAUGAGUUCCUGCAAAAGUGGGAUUUUGUCCCAAAACCAACUCAUCUUCUUCCCACUUGCUGCUGAAAAUCACUUGUUGAGAGCAACAUGCCAUAGCCAGCAUCCCCUCUUCCUCCUGAGCCUCAGAAACACUAUUUCACUGGAGUCAGUGCAGGAGUAAGUCUGAAAGUCUGUCUGCUACUUAGGUUCAGGUAGCUGGUUCCUUAUCACAAAGAGCCUCCCAGCAUCCUUAUCACAAAGUCCUGCUGCAAGUGCUGCUUCCUCGCCCCUGAAUGUCACUUCUUUAACAAAGCGUGUGAAUGUUCCCAUGUCAUUAACAAACUGAGUACAUGUUAAUGUCUGUCCCAGCAGUAAAAUCAUGGAGUUCAGCUGACUUUUUAGUAUGGGACACCUAGCCCAUCUGUCUGUGUGACUUUGUUUUUUGUAAUACUAGAAUGUCUGUAAAGCAUUUAAAUUCAAAACAUGUGAAAUGUGAUAAGCCUGCAGUUUUGUAGGCAGUGAAGUCAUGGCUGCUAUUUAUAUAGAGAAUUUCUAUCAAAAUAAGAAACUUGUUUGUAAAAUUCAGUUUUUGUAGGAUUUUCCCAAGGCACAGCUACCUUGGUAGAAUGUUUCUCACUCACUAAACUUCAUAGAAGCAGUUCCUAUUCAGAACAGUUUUUAAUCGCUUUUCAAUAUAUGGUCAAUGUUUGUAAGAAAUCCUACGUUUAAUAACUUUUUAUAACUAAAAGUAGAUGGGAGAGGAGUCCGUGUGGUUGCUAAGUUGAGAAGCAGGGAACCACAGAAUGAGCUUAUUAAUAGAGUGACCUUAAGAAGGGAGUGUUUCCUAAAUGACUGUGGGUAAUUGUAUCUUGUAAAAGUAAGACAGCCAUGUUUACUGACCUGGACUAUCGUAAGUUGGAAAUUGAUAAGCUGUACAUUGACAAAUAGCUACUCUGUCUGUAAACUUCACCUAUUUGGUUGUCUUCAGUGGGAUUCUAGCCACUGUUUGUUUCCUUAUAAAAGCUGUAAAGGGCAAUCAUGUGUUUGUAUUUCCAUUCCUUUUUAUCUCUACUUCUGUGUAAACUGGUGAUUUAAUAGUCAAAGCAAUUUUUUCAAUGUGCCCCAAGGGCAUUAGUGAGCCUUUAUAACUGAAAAAUGAUUCUUGUUAUAUUAAUCAUUCCAUAAAUACUAGAUUAAUUACCUUGGAUUAAUAGCUCCAGGAAUUGUUUCAGACAACACGAAAGGUCUCAUGUGAAUAUACUUAUAUCUUAGUCUUGCUAAAUAAAAUGGUUUUUGUCUUUAUUUUUUUUAUUAAAAUAAAAUUUACUAGUAGCUAAUACUAGGAGAGGUAAUAGAAAUAAACUUUCCUGUUUCCCUAAAAAUA